AUGUCCCGGGUCACUCGAGCCAGCGCACGGCAAGCUGCCGCCACCAGCACGCCCAAAGCUACUUCGCCUCUCCGCAGCCAAGCCAGGCGGGCUAACAUCAAGGCCGAGCCCACCGACGAAAAGCCAUCGAAACGCAAGAAGACUACCAAGUCAUCCACCAAAGCAAGCUCCAAGCGCAUCAAGACGGAAGACGACGACGACGACGAUGCCCUGCCAGCAACGCCUGCCAAGCGCGUCAAGAAGGACCCCUCCGAAGACGAUGCACCGGCAGCCAAACCCAACGUCUCUCCAUCAGGGGCAUCACCCAACGCCCUCCAAGCCAAGAAGCUCAAGGCCUUUGCUCAAUUCUCAGCCAAAUCCCCCUUCCCCGACUUUGCCCACCCCACGGCCGAGGAAGCCAAGCUCGCGCACCGCAUCCUCACCUCGCUGCACGGCGCCCGCACGCGGCCCGACACGGUCAAGGCGCCGACCUCGCGCGCCGGCUGCGGCGACUCGCCCUCGGUGCUCGACGCUCUCGUGCGCACCAUCCUCAGCCAGAACACGAGCGACGCCAACUCGACGCGCGCCAAGCGCAGCAUGGACGCCGUCUACGGCGGCAGCGACGCCUGGGCCGCCAUCGCCGCCGGCGGCGCCCCGAAGCUGCAGGAGGCCAUCAAGUGCGGCGGCCUCGCCGCCGUCAAGAGCAAGGUCAUCCUCGGCAUCCUCGCCCAGGCCAAGGCCCGCUACGGCGCCUACUCGCUCGACCACAUGUUCGACCGGACCGACGACGAGGCCAUGCGCGAGCUCCUCGCCUUCCAGGGCGUCGGCCCCAAGACGGCCAGCUGCGUGCUGCUGUUCUGUCUCCGGCGCGAGAGCUUCGCCGUCGACACGCACGACAAGUACGCCCUGCACAUCCUGCUGGUCAAGCACGGCAAGGUGUGCGACGAGUGCAAGGCUGGCGGCAAGAACCUCGGCAAGUGUGCCCUGAGAAAGGCGUUCCGCGACAAGGCCAAGGGUGUCGCUGGCGCCUCGCCUGCGUUGCCCCAAGACGAAGAUGGGGACGGGCCGCACCAAGACAAAGAUUGGGACGGUGACGCGAAAGAAGAGACGAAAGAAAAGGUCAAAGAGGAGGUGAAGGACCAAGAUGAAGAAUCAUAA